AAUGCCGGAAGUGGUGGCUAACGCCCAUGUGAACUUUCUCCUCUGGAGGCUGAGCUCACUUUUGUGUUACAUCAGCUGAGCAGCUCGUAAAAAUAAAUAAACUAAAUAAAAGCCUCGCUGGAUGCAACGUGGCUGCUCGCGUGAGGAAGUAUGGCAUCCAAAGCGGUUUACUCGCGUCGAGAUCUGUUGCUGAAAAAGCGAGAUGACUUCGAAGACAUCCUGGAGGAACGGCGGACCUCCAGCGACCUCCGCUACGCCGUCAAGUGCUACACACCCGUCCUCUACAAAGGCUUGACGCCGUGCACGCCGGACACGCUCAAGAGCGCCGUACUGCGCUCGGAUCCCGUUCAUUAUGUCAUCAGUCAGGUGGCCCAGGAGACGGGCAAAGCGCCGGACGACCUCCGAGAUGAGGCGUCGGCCAUCUUGGACGAGAUGGCUCACCGCCUGCAGCUCGGCACCGUUCGCUUCUUCGCCUUCACCCUCAGCAAGGUGUUCAAGACCUUGUUCCGGAGUGUCUGCGUUAACGAAGAAGGCAUCCAGAGACUCCAGCAGGCCAUCCAGGAGCACCCGGUGGUCCUCCUCCCGAGCCACCGCAGCUACAUGGACUUCCUGCUCAUGUCCUACAUCCUGUACACCUACGACCUCGCCCUGCCCGUCAUCGCUGCCGGCAUGGAUUUCAUGGGGAUGAAGUUUGUGGGCGAGAUGUUGCGAAUGUCGGGCGCAUUCUUCAUCCGCCGCUCGUUCGGCGCCGACAAACUGUACUGGGCCGUCUUCUCCGAGUACGUCAAGACCAUCGUCAAGAAUGGGUACGCACCCGUUGAGUUUUUUCUAGAGGGCACGCGAAGUCGAACAGCAAAAUCUUUGACACCAAAGUUGGGUCUGUUGAACAUCGUGAUGGAGCCGUUCGUCAAGGGCGAGGUGUUCGACGUGUGCUUGGUGCCGGUCAGCAUCAGCUACGAGAGGAUCCUGGAGGAGGCGCUCUACGCCCGGGAGCUUCUCGGGGUUCCCAAGCCUAAAGAGUCCACGUCGGGUCUCUUUAAGGCUCGGAAGAUCCUGCGGGAGGACUACGGCAGCAUCCAUGUUUACUUUGGUCAGCCCGUGUCGGUCAGGAGUUUAGCCCACGGCCACGUGGACCGCUGUCAAUUUAACCUGACGCCCAGACACAUCCCGGCGAGGCCCAGCGAGGAGAUGGUGCGCUUUGUGAACGGCGCCGCCUACAGGCUGGUGAGGGCGCAGGAGGAGAACUCGGUGCUGAAGCCGUGGGUCCUCCUGGCGACUCUGCUGCUGCAGAAGCAGGAAGCGGCGACGGCGCUGGACGAGCUGACCGAACGAGCCGUGUGGCUGCGUGACCUUUCCCGGCACUGCGGCGCCUUCCUCCACUGGCCCGACCACCUGCGUCCAUCGGAGGUGGUGUCCUCCAGCCUCGCCCUGCACGGAGGCCUGGUGAGGGUCUCUGAGGGCAGAGUACAGCUGGAACAAGGGCCAGCAGAUGCGGUCAGCUCCCCGGAGGAGGAGCUCCUGGAGCGGGCUGUGCCGGUGCUCUCUUGCGCCUCCUACAGGAAUCAGGCACUCCACGUCUUCCUGCGACCGGCGCUGCUCGCCUCGGCCGUCCGCUCCGCCUCGUCCGGACGAAAACAAGAGGUCUUCGACCGCUUCAGCUUCCUGAGGGACGUCUUCUCCAACGAGUUCAUCCUGGUUCCCGGGGCCGCCGUGCAGGAUUUCGAGGAGGCGUGUUACCUGCUGGAGAAGACGGGAGCGCUGCAGGUCGCCCAGCACGACGUGGCGGCGACGGAGCGGGGGCACGGGACCCUGGACUUCCUGGCAGGCCUUCUGGAGCCCUUCCUGCAAGGGUACCAGGUGGUUUGUCGUUUCCUUUGUGACGAGGCCGCCGAGGCGCUGACACAAAAGUCGUUCGUCCCCGCUGUCCGCCAGUUUACCAUCAAACAUUUGUUGGCAGGGAGGCCGAGGCACUUGGAGGUGCUGUCGUCGGACCUGCACAAGAACGCCCUGGCUGCGCUGCUCCGACUGGGCGCCGUGCGGAGAACGCGACAGGACAGCCUGAGCGUCAACAAGGUGACGCUCAACUCUCUGGAAGACACUUUGGGUGGGAAGCUCCCGACUCGCAACGCUGCCAUGGCUCGCCUCUAAAUCUGCUAGCUGCUGUGAAGCAAAAUGGACUCAAGUGUGUGUGUGUGGUUUUUUUUUGUUUGUUUUUUUUGCUAAAAGAUGCUCUUAUUGGAGAGGUUGCACUUAGCAGAAAGUUGAGUCAUGUUUACACGAUUGUACAUAUUAAACAGCGACGCUUGUCUAUGCACCUGUUGUUGUUUGUCAAGGUUGAAGAACUUUUUGUUGGCCAACGUGUCAAAUGUGUGAAUUUACCUCAACAAGAAAAACGAGAUGAUAUUUGACUAAUAUUACAACGUUCUGCUCAUCUCUUUCCGAUAACAUCUUUUUUUAAUUCAGUUUUUGUACUUUUCACUAAUGUGUGUGUGUGUGGGUCAUAUUCAGAAAAUAUAAUAAAGUAUUUACACAAAUUGUA